CCUCUCAUCGCGAACAUGGAGAUCUCACCCGAUAGACAAGCGACAUCAUUGAACGCGAGUUACCAGCGAGAUGUACAGUACAUCUUUACACCCAGCAACUGGAUUCUCGGUUCUAUAGGCAUCUGGCCGAUCCCGUUCCGAGGCAUUAGACAUCACAUUUCUAAAAUAUCAAUCUUCACCUGUAAUUUCGUAUUAAGCUUCGCGAUGGUGCCCUGCGCUCUACAUAUCAUUUAUGACCAGAAGGACCUCAACAUAAGACUUAAGCUCUCCGGACUCUUGGGCUUCUGCGGCACCGCGAUGUUAAAGUUCUUCGUUCUCGUGAUACGUCGUCCUAAAAUACGGAAGUGUAUCGAGUAUGUGGAGGACGAUUGGUGGCAGGUGAAAUUCAAGUCCGACCGCGAACGCAUGCUGAAGUACGCCGGCAUCGGUCGUAAUUUAUCUUUAAUCUGUACGACUACCAUGUAUUCCGCCGGCUUCAUUUAUCAUUUGAUCCUGCCGUUUUGCGUCGAGCACAAACUCGGUAAUGAAACCAUCAGACCGCUUGUGUACCCCACUUACAGCGAAUUUAGUCAAAGCCAUAUAAGUCCGACAUACGAAAUAGUAUAUAUGGCCCAUUGUAUGUGCGGAUAUACUAUAUACACGGUCACAGUUGGGACGUGCGGAUUGGCAGCGAUAUUUGCUACUCAUGCCUGUGGCCAGAUUCAAAUGGUUUUAUCUCGCCUUGAAGAUCUCUUGGACGGUAAAAACUUUGAUCAAAUUCCGAACAUCCAGCAACGUAUAGCCGCCAUCGUGAAGAGUCACGUUCAAGUAAUGAGAUUUGCAGCAGUUGUGGAGGAAGUUCUACAAGAAAUUUGUUUGGUUGAAUUUACUAGCUCUUUAUGCACAAUUUGUUUACUCGAAUAUUACUGCAUACUGGACUGGCAAGCAAAUGAUAGGGUUGGUCUACUAACGUAUUUUAUGUUGUUGGUGUCAUUCGUCUUUAAUGUAUUCAUAUUAUGUUACAUCGGCGAGCUCCUCAUGGAAAAGAGCAGCCAAAUUGGAAUAAUGUGUUGUUUGAUCAAUUGGUAUCAACUUCCGCCGCGAUCAGCUCGCGAUCUUAUACUGAUAAUCGCCAUGUCCAGCCAUCCCGUAAAAAUCAGUGCUGGUAGAAUGGUGGAUCUAUCUUUAACAACUUUCGGAAAUGCGAAGGGUUGGCUGCAACGUCAGCGCAUGUCCGGCGACCUUGUAAUCAAUGCCGCGUCUCCGCGUCGUGCAGUCUUCAGUGGACCUUCUCAUCGCGAACAUGGGGAUCUUACGCGAUAGACAAGCUAUAUCAUUGAACGACAGUU